AAACGAUAGAUAUCAUUGAAUUUAAAAUCUGGAAGGCCGGCUAAUUCACCUUUGUACAAGUUCCCAGAAACCAAGAAGUACGUCGGAGAGGAAAAUGAUGUGUUUGAUCUUGACCCGUUCUUCCUGGCCCAUUUUUUCCAAUUGAACAUUCACAUGUCCGUGAAUGAUUUAGAGUCUUCUUAGAUCGGUAACCUCGGUUCCCCCUUUAUAUUCUCCCCUGUUUUGCCUUCAAUUUCUACUACAGAACAGGAAAUCCGAAAAAAUGGCGAUGAGAAUGAAAAGCAGCAGUAUGAGUAGUUACAGGUUUUCAUACUGUCAGAUGAUGCUGGUGUUAAUGGUGAUGACGUUGGUACAGAUCGGAGCAGCGCAAAGCGAUACGAAUUCCUGUGUAAAUUCGUUAGUGCCCUGCGCAAGUUAUUUGAACGCCACAACGAAACCCCCGGAUUCGUGCUGCGUUCCUUUACUAAACGUUAUCCAGACACAGCAGCAGUGCCUCUGUAACCUCCUCAACAGUAGCAUCGUUAAGCAAUCGAGUAUCAACAUCACUCAAGCCCUAAAUAUUCCUCGCCUCUGCGGUGACACAAACGUCAGUACAGACGCUUGUUCGACCAACGCUCCUGCAAAUGCGCCUUCGGCUUCUACCACGCCUUCAGUACCUGCUGAUACCGGCGACAGUAGCGGCAUAGGCGCAACUUCUUUGCAAAUAUUUUUGCCUCUUCUGGCUGUCUUUUUUCUUGGCGUGUUCAAAUCAUUUCCCUGAAUCUUUCAACAGUGGCGGCAGCAGAAGAUUUACAUCUUGUUUUCCAUUUCUUCUUGUCAUCAGAAGGCUUUGAGUUUUAUAGGCUAGGUAUUUCUUUAAGAUUAUACAUGAAAUUUGUUGAUGUUACAUUUUCAUUCAAUUCCUCUCUGUAAUUGAAAUAGUUAAACAUCCUCUGGUCUUGGAAGAAAAAAAAUUGUUCCCUCAGAUGACGGACAAACUCCAUGCUUAUUUUUCUCUCACCCCUUCUGCCAUGCAAGGCCGACCUAGAAAAAUAACCCAGAGAUAGUACCAGCUGCCUUGCCCUCAGAGGUUUCGUGCAUGUGUUUUGCUUUUAGUAAGCCAUUUCAUGGAGGAUCUUUAGGAUCUACAGAGAGUUGAUAAGGAAAAAAUUAUUAUUGAAUAAAUUGAAUUUUUUUCGUAAA